CCUAAAUCUUAGGGUUCUUGAUACUGGCAUUUUCAGAUGCUAGAGAGGCGAGGCUUGAUCGCGCUCCGAGGUAGUGGCAGUAGGAUUCUCACGGGCAUUGGCGUGCGGAGAUUGGGAUCGCGAGCGUCGGACAGCGAGCGCGAGAAUCCGGUGCUGGAGGAGCGGCGGCGGCGGGUCAGGGAGCUCGCGAGGGCCAGGUUUGCUGAGCAGCAGCUGAAGAAGAGAGGGGAAGUAGAGAAGAAGUAUAAGAGGGGAGAGAUCGAUGGGAGGAAGUUCGUGGAUUGGGGAAAGGAUAAGUUUAGACUUCCUCUCAGAGAUGGAUCGGGUCUUUUGCUGGGCAAGGCAGAACGAGAGAAGAUCGAAAAUGCAAAGAUCGUGAGGAAGAAAGCGGAGGAUUUGGAGAAAGAAAGGGAGAAUUUGAAGAAGAAGACGAAGAAGACGUCUCAGGAGGUCACCAAGAGCAAAGAUUCCAGAAGUUCAAACGUAAAGGCCAAAGAAAAAUCGUCCAGCAUUGACACAGAGGAGGAAGAAGAAGAAGAAGACGACGAAGAGUUUGAGCCGGGGAAAAAGCUCAAGAAGAAAAAGAAGAAAAGUAGUGUUCCUGUGGCAAAGCCCAAGAGCCAAGGCACAGAAUUGAUCGAAGCUGCGAUAAAAUCCUUGAAGUCUCUCCAGAGGGAAGUUGACGGAGUAGUGGAGCCUCUUGAUCUUCCUCCUGCGAAGGUGGAAGGAUGGAAGACUUCUUACCGGGAGAGAGUUGAGAGAGCUUUGGUUGACAAAGGCCUCGUCCCACAAGAAGAAAGUGGGACUGUCGCUACAGGAGAAGAAGAGAUUCCGGAGAGCACUGCUAUACUAAACAGCUUCAUGGAGAGCAACGAAUUCGAAAGCUCGGAAGAAGACGAUGAAGACUUCAAAUCAUUUGAGGAAAUCGUGAUCAAGGGAGGUGAUGAUCAGACAGCUAGCUGGGAAAGUGAAAAGAUGAUUGAGGAGUUUAACACAGCCACAACGUCUUCGUCCGCUCAAGGUGAUGAGAAAGUCUCGGACGAAGAUGACCAGCCGGCUAGCUUGGAACGUGAGAAGAUGAUUGAGGAUUUGAACACGGCCACAACGUCUUCGUCCGCUCAAGGUGAUGAGAAAGUCUCUGGAGCGACUCAAGUCAAGGCACUACUGGCAGCCAUCGACGAUCGCUCGGCUGAUAUCGGAUCUGUGUCACUGGACGAGCAAAUGUCCGUGAGAGUCGGGAUAAUUGGAGCUCCCAACGCCGGGAAGUCUUCACUCUUAAACUUCCUGGUUGGAACCAAGGUGUCGGCAGUCUCUCGAAAGACAAACACAACACGAAACGAGAUCCUCGGAGUUUUAACAGAGAAUGAUACGCAAGUUCUGUUUUACGACACUCCUGGUUUGAUGAUGCGCUGGAAGGGUCAGGCCGUAAGACGAGACGUCAAAAGCCGAGUCCAAAGCGCCUGGAUGGUCACUGGCCACUGCGAAGUUCUCAUCGUGCUGGUGGACGCUCAUCGCCAGAUAGAACGUCCCGACCAGAGAGUGAGAAAACUGAUCGAAAAGCUGGGCGAGAAGAAGGAUCCAAAGCAAAAGAGGAUCUUGUGCUUGAACAAAGUCGACUUGAUUCGUCAAAAGCGGGAGUUAGUGCCGCUGGCGCAGGAGUUUGGCUCGCUCCCUGGAUACGACAGGGUCUUCAUGAUCUCCGGCUUGAGAGGAAGCGGCGUGAGACACUUAAAAGAGUACCUUUUAGAGAAAGCAGUACCCAGGCCUUGGGAAGAAGAAAAGGGUGUCGUGACGGACAUGAGUCCUAUCGCAGUGGCGAAAGAAGUUGUGUGGGAGCACGUCCUUGACAAUGUACACCAGGAAAUACCGUAUCAUCUUCACCACAAGCACGUCUCGUGGAAAAUCUUAAAAGACCGCUCCAUCCGCAUCGAGCAGCAGAUAAUCGUGCCUACAGACUCUCAAAAGAAGAUUCUCGUUGGCAAGAAUGGAGGUCUCAUCAGGAAAAUCGGAAUGGCUGCAAACGAGGAACUGUCAGCGCGGUUUGGAGCUAAAGUCCACCUGAUCCUGGACGUGAAAAUCGCUGGCUCCGACAACAUGUACGCUGCCUCUGAGAACGCGGCCGACGAGAUGUGGCUGUAGCAUUUUCGCGAGUGGCAAGUAACUUCUUUUUGGAGUUUCUAGCAUUCUUUUAUAACGCACAGUCUUCCUGCUUCAAGACGCACGUAAAGAGAAUGAGGCCAGGGAUAAUAAACCAAGAGCAGCAAACCUUUCGAGCUCGGGAGGAUGGCUUUGUUCUUGGGCUCCUUGAAAACUUCGAUCCUGGCCUUCGUCGUCACAGCAGCUGUGCUCCAACAAGUUAGCGCUGUAAGUUUGAUGCUUGAUAAUCACCGCAUCACUUCUUGACGUCUUGUCUCGUCUCUGUGGCUUGCAGAACUGCGAUGUCAAAACUUUCAACAGUACCGAGUGCCGGGACAUCCACUACGACAGCAUCGAAGAUUACCUCUACGUGACUUGCCGCGCGCACGGCAACUGGUUUAGUGACCGCUACCACCUCCAGGUUCUCUUGCAGUACGAGAACAACGAGCUCCAGUGCGGGGAUGCCAGCCACAACUUUGUAACAAGCUGCCAGACUUCGACACUCACGAUCCAAGGAACAGAGAUCUCUGUUGUUUGUGGCGGAAAGCCGGCGUCGAUUGAUCUCUCAGACUGCCUCGGAGUGGAUGCCGAUGAUGAGAUCUUGUUUAACUGCGACUACGAUAACUACUACAAUUGAAUCCAUCUUCA